AUGGCAAAUCCUUAUGAUUGGGAUGGAGAAAAUGUCAAGAUCCCUCUAGGAAUAGAUCAUGAUCUUGUUAUUACUAAAAUUUUCGAUGCACUUUGUGUAUUCAAUUUCGUUCCAUAUUCUCCAAUUCUCACUGUCGUUGGCUGCAGAAGAAGAAUCAGUAACGUUUCUUCCCAGUGGUUUCUCCGAUCUAACCUGAUAAAUUUCAAAUGGUUGCAUGAAGAUUAUGUUGAAGAUCAGCACAUUCCUAAAGAUGCAGUUGAUAGAUUUAUAGACAUUUCGUUCAGGGGGAUUGUGAGGAGGAUCGAGGGAUCGAUAGGGGUGAAGAAAGUGUCUGGGGAACAAGAUACACUCACAAAGGCAGAUACUGGUCACAAUCAACCUUCACCUCCACCUCCAGCUCCUUCAAAUAGGUGUUUUGGACGACGUAUUCCUCCUCGUUCUUCUCUCUCAGCUCCUCGUUCUUCCGGUUCAGCUCCUCGUUCUUCUGGCCGAGCUCCUAGUUCUUCUGGUGGAACUUCAAGGACUCAAUAUGCUGAGAUGGAAAUCCUCAUGGAGGAGGCUGAUGAUGACCUGAAGACGGUUGGACAUUGCAUUUUCUUACAAAAAACUUAA